AUGGGCCUCCACGAGGAACCUCCCGUCCUCUCACGACACAAUACGACUUCAUCCUCUCGAGGGUCUAUCGAGGUCACGCAGCAGGCCGUCGAAUUCACCAAGCAGUCCGAGAAGCUCUCCCAUCAGGCGCUGGGCAAUACCUCACCCGCCAUUGCUGUCCAGGCGGAUUUCAUCACCCCACGGGAUCCCGUCAUUGUCACCUCGGAUGGAAACCGGUUACCAGGCGUGCCCUUGGACGAAGCCUACAAGCUCAACGUGCUGCGCGAGCAACUACAUGGCCAACUAGACAAGGGCAGGACUCCUUCAGAUGAGCAUCAUCAGGAGCACAGACAGGAACGUAGACCCAGCCAGCUGCAUGAUGGAAUCCGAACAGAACCCAAAGAGACACGUGCUCGUCGGCAGGCGUCAAAGGGAACACUGUCACAGACCAUGCCGCCGUCACAUACAAACCCCUUGUUCCCGCCCCUGCCACUGUACGGACCGCCGUCGUGGUUGCGAAACGCCCAGUGCUGGUUCUUCAGAUGCACGUCGUUUGUGCUAAGCCUGGACUUUCUGGGCGUCAUUGUGCUGGGCGCGCUGUUUACGAGCAUUCCAGCAAUUUUUCAGUCACUCUUCCAGCCAGAUAGCGACAAGAAGCGGCCGUUCUACGAACAGGAGCGCCAAAAUGCCGCCAUAAGGAGACAGAAAGAGAUAGAAUGGGAUCUGAGGACCCAUCAGCAUCUGGAUGUCGAGAGUGAAGGCAAGGUGGACGAGUACCCACCUACUGAGGGUGGCAAAGACCCCAUCGUCUGUGAUGUUGGGUACUAUGCGCGGAGGGUCGGCCUCGACGUGGAGACGUUCAAGGUCGAGACGGAAGACGGCUUCAUCAUCGAGCUGUGGCACGUCUAUGACCCCAAGGAGCAUACUCCCGUGGAUGCGGCAAGCAGGGAUAGACUCGACCCAGAGGUCUUCCAGGAAUCCAAGGAGAAGCCGGAGAAGUCGAGUAGGAAGAAGAGGUUCCCCGUGCUGUUGAUGCACGGCCUGCUGCAGAGUUCCGGGGCGUAUUGCUGCAACGACGACCAGAGCCUGGCGUUUUGGCUGUGCAAGAGCGGAUACGACGUCUGGCUGGGCAACAACCGAUGCGGCUUCAACCCCGAACAUGUCCUCCUCAAGUACGGCGACCCGCGCAUGUGGUGCUGGAACAUCCGGCAGAUGGGCGUCUUCGACCUGCCGGCGCUCGUGUCGCGCGUCCUGCACGAGACGGGCUUCGCCAAGAUUGGCCUCAUUUGCCAUUCCCAGGGAACGACGCAGACGCUGGUGGCCCUGGCCAAGGAGCAGCGGCCCGACCUGGGCGAGAAGCUGACCGUCUUCUGCGCCCUCGCGCCCGCGGCCUAUGCCGGGCCGCUCAUCGGCAAGAUGUACUUCAAGUUCAUGCGCAUCAUCUCGCCCGCCAUGUUCAGGCUCAUGUUUGGCAUCCACGCCUUCAUCCCCUUCAUGAUGCAGAUGCACGCGCUGUUGGAUCCGCGCGUGUACGGCUGGCUGGGCUACAAGGUCUUUUCCUUUCUCUUUGGCUGGACCGACGAGCGAUGGGACCGAGGGCUGCGCAACCGCAUGUUCCAGUUCGCGCCGGUGUAUGUGAGCGCCGAGUCGAUGCGCUGGUGGCUCGGCCGGGAGUGCUUUGCGACGCAUAAGUGCAUCCUCGCGACGAGGGAGGUCCUGCGAGCCGAGGAAGGCCUCGACGGCGACGGCGACGGCGACAGCAGCACCAGCCCCGACGACGACGACAACGACUCAGAAGCCGGCGACAGCCAAACUCACCCGCCUAAGCAGCGGCAUCACCACAUCAAGGGCUCGACGGCAUGGUACAACGACCAAGUGCCGCCCUUUGCGCUGUGGGUGUGCGGCGACGACCAUCUGGUGGACGGGCAGCGGCUGCUGAAGCGGUUCAAGGCGGGCCGCGAGCCGCACGUCAAGGUGGUGCACAGCAAGGUGAUUCCCGAGUACCAGCACCUGGACGUCAUCUGGGCCAUGGAUGCGCCUGACCAGGUAUUUCGAGAGAUCCGCGAGGUGCUGUGGAAGACGUGCGACGCGCGCGACGUCUGCAGGACGCCCGAGGGCUGCGACGCGGUGGAGAGGUGGGAACCAGCCGAGGCUGUGGCGAUGGAGGUGGGCGAGGAAUAG